UAUACCGGAAGUAUCGGAUGGACAGUGGCUUAUUUUACCUUAUUGCUCCUGCAUGCUCAUGCAACCUAAUUUGAGCUUUGUCAUAGUCGUAAUUAAAUAGUUUUCACAUUGGCGGUAGUUACAAUCGCAAAUUAUACAGUUGUGGUUCAUUAUCAUUAUAGAUGGUCGUUGAGCAAUUAAUAAACCCGGCAUGAUCAGAGGUUCAUUGUUGAUUACUGAACAGUAGAUCCUGGAGCGAAGGUGCUUGCAAAUGUUCGUUGAAGACUCCUAGGUAAUCUGAAUGAAGACACCAUGUCAGAGUUUACCCUCGAUAUCCAGCUGACAGAGUUGGGAUUUUCAAGCUGGAAUUUCCCUCUCUGUGAGCCACAGAGUGUUAAGGAGACAUUUUUGCCCACCCCGAACAGCAUUGAAAAGCCAGCACCUGAGACUGAAAUACAUGUAGACUGUCAUGAAGAUGCCAGCCUUGUCCCGAGUGCAUCGGCUGAAAAAAGCUUUCUGCUGGACCAUCAGUAUUCCUCUCCCUUCAAGCAUGACUCUUCAUCUAAAGAGGAAACUGCUCAAGGUAAUUCAAAAAUCAUUUCCACAGAGAAGAAGGAUAAAGUCAUUUGCACUUCGUGGAAAAGAGAAAGAAGAGAGGGGACAGAACAGAGAAACAAUAACGACGAGCAAAGUGAACAAGAGGAAAAGAAAAAUAAUGAAAAGGAACAGAAUUGUUCAGAGGUGAGCCAGGAAGCCUCCAGUGUUACAACGGAUGACGUUAUAUCUGGUGAAGAAAAGACUGAUGAGGAGGUGGAAUUUGUUUUGACUGAUGAUGAUGUUGAGGAGGAGGAGGAGGAAGAAGAAGAAGAGGAAGAUGAUGAGGAGGAAGAAGAAGAUGACGAUGAUGUUUCCUGGCCAGAGACAAAUGGAUGUGCAGAGAAUGAAGAGAAUCGCUGCCAUGUGUGUGAUCUUACCUUCUCUUCUCUCUUCUUACUCCGAGAACAUUUAAAUAUGCAUACGGGUGUUCGCCCCUACCGCUGCGAUGAAUGUGGCAAGCAGUUCUGCCAGUUAGUCAAUUACCGCACUCACCUUCGCUCCCACUCGCAAAAGGCCUCUAUCCACUGUCGUGUUUGCUCAACCAUCUUUGAGACCGAGGAACAGCUCCAGCAACACUUGGACACGAACCAUUUUGAAAAAGAGUUCUAUCAGUGUGAUUUUUGCAAGCAGAUUUUCACUGACCUAGAUGUGUGCAAGGGUCACGUAGAAGCACACAGGCAACAGGCGAAACGACAUUUGUGCCUCAAAUGCGGCUCCAGUUUUCGCCUUCGUAACUCGCUGCUCCGUCACUUGGAAUGGCACAGCAGAGGCAUCUUCUCCUGCUCGGACUGUGAGCGGACCUUCUCCAGCAAGGCUUCUCUGUUACGCCACAGUUUCUCUCACUUGGGCGUCUUGCCGUAUACGUGUCUAAAGUGCAAACGUCAUUUCCGCUUGCCCUCUCUCUACCACGGCCACGAGUGUAAGCCGGAGAGCAUUCAGUGCAUGGCAUGUUUGGUUUUCUUUCAGAGUCAGGAGGACUUUGACAAGCAUAAGAAGGACACAGGAUGCUGGGGUCAUCAAGGGGCUUUGCCUACCAAGACAGACGAGAUCCGCUGCAUGGAGUGUGGCCAAGUCUUUGCAAGCAUUGAGGAAUUAAAGAAGCAUGGGAGCACUCACCAGAGGGUCCUAAAAUGUUCUGAAUGUGGGAUGGGUUUCCGCUCGUCACUCAUGCUUAUGUCACACAUGGGAGGGCAUGCGGCACAGCGGCCGUGUCUCUGCCAGGACUGUGGCCUGGGCUUCCCGCAUCAACAGGGUUAUGAUAGCCACCUAAAAACGUGUGGAAUAGUAACGCCACCUGUGGCUUCUGUGAAGAAACCCAAACUGAAACCAACUCCCUCUCCACAAAUAAUGAAACCAAUUGCACCUAACAUAGUCUUCCAAACUAUCGCUCAGGCCUCAAAUCCUGUCACAUUCUCCAAUAGCUUGAAGGAGGUCCGCAUGGUUCCGUUAGCUGACCAGAAUAAGUCUGCUGAUGGUACGUGGAAGCUUACCUUAAAUAAAGAGCCUCCUCCAGGUAUGCCUUUAGUCAUGCUUGUGCCAGUUUCCACUACACAGUACUCCUCUACCUCAGGUCCUGCCAAGACAUCCCAAAACUUUUUACCAUCCUCUCUGGUCUUAGAAACACCUUCAUCUGCUCCACAUGUAAUUUCCAUGCCGGUGGUCCCGCCUGGCACUGUUAUUAGCAAAGAGGCAGAGAAAGACAACGUAGAGCCCUGCAGAACCAACAUUCCUUCAAAUACACUCAUUCCAGUGGAAAGUCUUGACUGUUCCUCUAAGAAGAAGUGGACCAUUGUAGAAGAUCAGGGUUUUGUUCAAGUUUUUAGUACAGAAAAUGUAAAGGCAGGUGAACAGGCUGCAGGUGUAGCGGAAGCGAAUCAGGGAAUGAACGGGGUGGAGAAUGAGCAGAAAAAUCAAUCAAAUAUGAAGCCUAAUGCAUUGAGGGAUGAAAAAACAGGGUGUUCAUCAGAUGCUGCAUCUCUCAAUCCCACGCGCCCCGUGACACCAUUACGCCUAAUAAAGGUCAAUGAGGAGAAGGAUGAUGACAACAUCAAGAAAAAGUCUCCAAAUUUGAAUGACGGCGACUCGUCUGUUAUGGCAGACGUACAAGUUAGUGUGCCUUUCAUGAGGAAAUCAGAGAAGCAAAUGCUGGAUAAGCAGGACAGUAGAGAUCUGAGAUUUUUCAAAGAAGUCAAGCCAUCUGACAGGAUGUGUGCAGAGUCACAAAUGGAAUUUACCAUGAUGGGGGACAAAUCAGAAAAUGGUCCGCAGGGGCAAAACGAAUCUGGUUUCGAUGUAGAGGUGGAAAUUAAUGAAGAUGUGGAUUUGAGCAGUAUGGAAGUGGAGAUUGGUGAUGAAGACAGCGGAGUGGAUAUGUUGGACGGUGAGCUUCAUGAAUGUGUGACUUGUGGACAAGUCCUUCCUGAAAAAGAUAUGAUCCAGCACUACAUGAAGCAUGCGGCCGUCACCGACAGUCCUGAGCGCUCUCCUACUAACUGUCCCUCUCACACUACAGAACAAUCCCCUCCAUGUAGCCCAUCAAGAAAAAGACUACGAUCUGGUACAGAGUUGUGACAUUUUGCUCAAGAGUAUUUACUAUCUUUUUUUUAUUUUUAUGAUUAUUAUUGUUUUAAAUUGAUUUGCCUGGUUAUUAAUAUUACACCAUCUUUAAUUAUACCAUUUACAUAGGAAAUAGGGAUCACAAUGGCUCAAUGGAAAUUUGGGAAAGAUUGGUGUAUGUUAAAACCAAGUGUGUUUUGAAUUUGUUCCACUUUUGACAUUUCUUUCACGGUAUCCUGUUACAUUUCCACACUGUCGUGUAAGAUACAAUAAAUGUAGAUGAUUGGGACAUUGGAAGAAAUGCUUUCUUUUGGUUAAUAUUUAUUUCAGGGUAAUUUGGGAAUUUGAGGUAGUGUUAGAUCAGCAGUUUAAUUCAGUUUUUUUGUGUGUGUGCGACUGCACAUCUUACAAGUCCUGCUGGUUUAAAGAUUCCGCUUCUGAUUGUGACGACAUGUACCGUAUCUUCUGUUCUUUACUCAUUCCUGUAGUUGAGUUUCUGAUUUUCAAAAGUGGAAAAAAAAAAAUCUGUUAACAAAAUAAAAAAUAAAAAAAUAAUAAAAAAAAUGCAAAUACUUUAGGCCACUAAAAGUCAUUUUCACUGCAAAUUCAAUAAAAUGUAAGAUAAUGGAUUAUCAGUAAAAAACAAUGUAUAGGGUAAAAACGAUGAUAAAUGAUUUGAUAUUUGGUGCAUUUCUGUACUUCAAAGAUGUUGGAUAUUAGGCUCCAUGUCUGUUUACUGAAUGUAUAAGCAUUUGCACAUAAAGCUUUAUUGGUUUUC